AUGCGACGUUAAUCAUACUUACUAAAGUGACACAUAAUGAAUAAGACAUUAAGUGCAGUCGUAAAUAUUGAACACGGGAUUUUUAGCUCUAUGAUGGCGUGUCCUGCUAUCAAAAUGUGGAAAUUACUUUUACAUCUUGCACAAUUUAUUGUUGUGGCUGGUUGUUCAGGUCGAGGCGUGGUGGUACAAUGUGGGGAUGGAGUCCACCAGUGGAUGUUUUGUUCACCUCCGAACAUCACCAAGACAGAACGGAUCCUUACCGCACAACUAGACGUCAGGUUUGAGAAUCGUUACUGCCAGCAGGAUGGAGAGGCGACACAUUUUGGACUAAAGGAUAACGGAAAACAGAUGUGGGCCAACAACUGGUGCUUUGGAACAUUUUAUCUCUGCAUUGGUGUUGAUAGCACCUCCGAGCAAACACAGGACACAGCUUUACAAGAAACGUCAACCGACCCGACAUUAUCGGCACAUAUCCUUAAAACAAGUUCUCAAGCAACUGGUAAUGGAACUAGCUCACUCUCAAACCUUCGCCAUAUUUCCAAGAAAAGAAGGGUCGAUUCCAAACUUAAAUUUUGGCUCAUGUUCGGUGUGGUUGCUGGAGGGAUCGUCAUAAUAUGCCUUAUAGGACUCAUCACCUACAAUGUUAUCAACUGUGACUCAAAAGGACAUGAAAAGAUAAAAGAGUAUGGACGAUCCAAAGGAAAGGUUCACAAUAAGUACUUUCGUGGCGAAAAACCAUCCACUUCAACGCUAAUAUCAGCAGAAGAGGCCUAUGAAAGCGUCUAUGACACCAUUAAAAACGUACAGAAAAUAAGAGUUCAGCAACAAUCUUCGUCGACUUUUAAUAUAGAUACCAACAACACAAAUACAGGGAGUGGCAUCCAAAAUAACAACCACGAUGGAUGCAACUUUGAUGAAAUAAAUACCAUUAAAAAGAAUAGUGUGACUUUUAUCGAACAAAACGGUACCGUAACACAAAAGACAAAACCACCAAACACGAGACACAAAACGUGUGUGAAAAUAAUAUCAGGUGAAGCCAAAGUCCUAAUAGAGGAUGAUAGUGACAACACAUAUGACCAUCUUGUGAACACUCCUAGACGUUCUACACGUCUCAGCAGUAAUUACAGUCACCUCAGUUUUGAAGAUGUGUAGACUAUUUGUUUAAAUGUGUGGAUUUUUGAAUGAUGAUAGUGAUCUUAUAUUUAACAAUGUGUGAUUUUGUAUGCUGAUAGUGAAAAGUUUAAAUAUUCAAGUUUUCGGAAGAAUGAAUUUCUUAAGAGUUGCCAAUGGUAUUAAACAGCGGCUCGGUCAUUUGACAAAACAGUAGUUUUAAGACAAGCCUGCUUAUAUUUGUUAAAAUGAUUUAAUCAAUUUGAAAUUAAAGUUCUCGCCUGACUGCAUUGGUCUUCACCACAUUUCAAUUGAAAAAUACACUUUAACGAACAUUACCUGUAAAUAGUAUUUAGUUAAUGCUAGUGCAACACGUUUUGUGUUGUAAUCCAUAUGCCAGAGUCUGAUUGAUUGAAGCUUAAUGCUGAAACCAAAUGGUCAGGAACGAACUGUUAACAAAGCAGUCAUUUAGUAAGUGAAGUUCUUAUAUAAAUUGUUGUGCUUUAUACUGUCUUGUCUUAAAAGAUGAUUCUUCCUCAAGAUGAUACAUUUGAUUUUGUUCAAUAAUGCUGGGAUAAUACAUGCUUAAGUUUGAACACUUAAACACCAAUAUAAAAUGUGACCCCCAUCGGCUUUCCCUAAUCGUUCGUAGAUGGCAACCCAAACGUUUAUUGUUAAACGGUAUCCUUCUAUUUGUGUUUACUGUGUUUGUUUUCCUUGUAUACCUCUUGUUGACUGUGCGUUUGGCGUUCCAAUUUUAUCAUGGUUGCAUAACAGUAUCAUAUUAACUAUAUUUCUGUUUUGGUCGUCGAUCUCUGUAAUUCUUUCCCUUUCUCAUGUCAGAAAGAGUGGAAACAUGUUUAAACAUUAAAAUCAGAAAUAAGAA